UGCAGUGGGCUUUUUUCGCAUAACUGAAUCGGCAUCAUGAACGGGAGUGUGAUCGCUGACGAGGACGGUGAGGCGGAUAAUGAUUGAGGACGACCGUUCAGCCUCCCCUCUGCGAAUUUCUGGGACUAAGCUAAGAUUCUCGGACGCUCUCAUGCAUCCUUUCUUUCUUACGUGACUGCGUGAAUGCGAAAGUUGGCUCUCGAGUUAACGUUAGCCGGAGAGCGUCUUAGCCUGUGGGUUUUGCCCGGAGCUCGGGAGAAAAAAAGCGUCACGGACUCUGCAUUUUAAUCAGCGGUACACCAAUAGCCCACAAUGUGUAUCCCGACACGGCGGCGUUGAUGCGGCAUUGACAGACAGGCGGUGCAGCGGCUCCGCACACAGGCGAACCCGCAGGUUUCCCGUUUCACCCAGCGGCGGCGGCGGCGGCGGCGGCUGUGCCAGCUUGGAACCCGAUUUUGGGUGCAUGAUGACGGGGCGCAGGAGCUGCGUGAACUCGCUGUGGUCGGGGAGCGAGCGGGUUCGCAUCGGAGAGCGGCUGAAAGCCACCCUGGCUGGGAUCAUGGAGCUGGACCUGCUCAGAGGGCGACAGCUGGAGCUGGUGGAUGCGGUUCUGGAGGAGAGCGGGAAAACCGCGGAGAGCGUCGCUGCUCAGCAGGGGGCAAACCUCGAGAGUGCUGCCGCGGAUGGCGCCGCAAAAGCCCGCAGGCAACAGACUCCCCCUCCAGCUGACUCGGUGUUGCCAGGCCUUGGGACUGGGGAGGGAAUCAGCUCACGCUGGUCCACUCUAUCCUGGGACAUCCCAUCAGAACUUGUGUCCCCUCCUACUCCAGAGCCUACUGGCACCACUUCACUGGACUGUGACUCCAGACCCAGCUCAGGUUUUUACUCGGUCAGUGGGAGCUCGCUGUCAGACUCCUGUUACUCAGUGGCCAGUGAGGCAGCCCCUGGAGGGCCUGUUAAAAUGGGGGGAACCUGCAGGCCUCACUCGCUGGACCACAGUACCACCCAGUGGAGGGAGGUUGAACAGCAGAGUGUACAGAGCUCAGAAGGGACAGUUCCAGGACAAAAAGGAGAAAGGAGGCCAGCCUCUACUGGUGAGCUAGAGAUUGAUGGGUUCAUGUUUCUGACUGGCCUCUGCUCUAGCCUGGGAGAAGCACAAAAGGGAUCCGUCUUUUCCACUUCUACUACCACCUCACAGCUGCAGCUAGACCCCAAAUUCUGCUCUGACUUGGUGUCACGGAGGACAAAAGAGGUGUACCCUUAUCCUAGCCCACUCCACGCAGUGGCCUUGCAGAGUCCCCUGUUUACCUCCUGCCAGGACUCGUCUCCCACCUGCCGCUCCCCCAGCCCAGAGGGUGAUCAACCUGGGGAGCUUGAGCUUGAACAGCCCCCUGUGAGGACCCAACCUCCACCUUCUCCAUCCAUCACACAGCUUGAACAGUACAUAACCAGAUUAGUCCAUCAGUACCACAGCAGGGUGGCUGCUGAGGCUUCUCAAAAGACUGCAGGCUUAAGCCAUGAAGGAGUCCACCCAAGGAGUGCUUCCUCCUCCAGCUUGACUGGGGGUAGUGUAACACCAUGCAAGUCUUUACUGGGCAACUCUGCUAGAGUUAGUCUGAGUAGCAUUGGGAAGAAAGCUAGUCGGAAUUCUAUCAAUCUCGGAAACUUGCCAUCUGUUACUGGGGAGGAUUUCAACAUUAGUUUUCACCUCAACUUGAAUUUGAACCUGAAUCCAAACUUGAAUAAAGCACUAAGUUUUGAUGCUAAAAAUGUAAAAGAGCAGGUGUCAGGUUCCUGUGGGCAUCUUAGUGCCAACUUAAUCACUCCAACUGCUUCCCCAUCUUCAUCAUCAAGCACAGUCACCAGCACCCCCAACUGGAGGAGCAGACCACGCAUAUCGACCUGCCCAUCCACAGUCAACCACCGUGGAUCACUGGAGAUUACCGGAAAGUCCUUUGGUCCACUCAACUUCUCUAAGUCGCUGGACUGGAGUGGGGCUCCCCGAGAGGAGGCAGAGGGGUGUCCACCUUCCAAAGCCUCAGAAAGUCCUGCUAAACUCAGUGAAGACUCUGCGGUGGUCUGCGAGAUCUCCCGUGUGUCUGGGCUGCCCAAGUCAGUGGUGGUGGGGCUAAUGGAGGAAGGGGUGGAGUUAGAUGCGGAAUGCUUCCGGAGUGAGAGAGAAAGAGGUGAAGGGUCAGCAUCUCCAUGCAGCGCUCCUACACCUCGCUCUUCUCGUACUUCUCUUCAGUCAGCGUAUGGAGCAGAUCGACCUGGGUUGUAUUCAAGCUCAGUGACCUCAAACCCCUGGGCAGGAAGUGGCAGCAUGGAACCUGACUAUAUUUCGCAGCAGCACCGGCUACAGGUUACCCAUUCAGAUUCCCAUUCGGUGCUUACGACGCAGUCCAACAGCCCUCGCUCUGAUCACUCUGGACCAACUCCUUCUCGCACUUCUCCCAUCUUGCCGAUACCUCAAAGUCAGUCAGACCCGGCCUCUUCUCCUGGCUCUGCUUCCCACUCAAGAGUACACUCCCCUCCUCGUCUGCUCACGAAUUCGCCGUUUACUCCUGCCCAACUGUCCGUGUUCCGGCGAGACUCCCCAUCCCAGUGCUCUCUCCCGCACUUUCACCCCUGUGGCUCCCCGCUUGAAGGCCCCAUUAGGCCUCGUGGCGGUUCCCUCAGGCAGGAUGCUGGUGCUGCAGCUGGGUGGAGGUCUCAGGAGAGAGGCUGGAGGAGGAGUGGGGAUGGGGAGAGGCUCUAUCAGGGCAAGCAUGCAUCUAGAGAGCUGGUGCGGGCGUCAACAGUCAGUAGUUACUCAGGAAGAGACUUUGGCAGCUGCUGGGAGGAAGAAGCAAGUACUCGGACUCCAAAAAAGGCUGCAAAGUUUUGGAAAGGUUUUGAGUCCCGGCUCUGGGGGAAAGAGGAGGAGAUGGGAAGGUACAGAGAUGAAAGGGUUGGGACUUUUGGUUGGAGGCACACAUCUUUAAAAGAGACUUCAUCAAGCAGGGUUCAGGAACAAAAAGACAGCCACUCGUCUAGAAAGAAAGGGACAAGCUGGGAUGGCCGUAGCUCCAGCCUUCGCUUAUCCAGGAGAGCGCUAUUCCGCAGUGAAUCUCAGGGAUUCUUGGAGCCUCGUUCCCAAAAACGUGAAGCUCGUCUCCAUAGCAGUCAGUGGUGUUCCUCCUUGGAGAUCAGUCGAGAAGGGAGAGGUAUAGAAUGUGGGCGGAAUCUAGUGAGGAAAGAGGAGAAACAUCAUUCUUCUACUGCCAGUCUCUUUCAUCUCUCUCGCUCACAGAGCCUCGAGGGAAGCAGCCACUCACUCUCUCCUCUUUCCUCCCCUUCCUUAUCUCCAUCUCCACCUCCAUCAGCCCCCCUCUCUCGUUCCAGAUCAUUCCGUGACCUUGGAAGAAAGGUUUUCGGCUCAAUGAGGUCCCUCAGUUUCAAUAAGAACCACAAGUCGAAAAAGAAAGACUUGUAAGCAGAGAAGGCAAACAUUUCAGAGUUUGCUGACUGGUUUCUAGGACUUAAGAUUAAACCUUGUUUCAGACCAGGUAAUGUUUCAAACGGACAAUCACCACUGAUGUGAUACAGCUGGACUGUUCAAUUAUGACAAACAGUUGUAAGUUGAGUGAUAAUGUGACCGCAAUUCCUAACUGUUUUGAGUACAUUUCUAACAGAAACCUCAAUAGGAACUUUUGAGAUUGUUCAGUGCACUUACAGGGCACAUAAUAGGUAUUGUAAUUUCAUUCAAACACUCAUGUCAUGUGCUGUGCUAUGUAGAAAUGUUUUUUUCUUUUCAGACUAAAAUGAGACUAAAAGAAAUGCACUAGUUAGAGUCUUUUGCAAGUAACUAAUCGCAAGGACCAAAAUCAUGAUUCCAUUUGAUAUAUGAUUAACUUGCAGCCCCAUUACAUAGACCAGAACCAGGAUUAAUCUGUUAGGAGAAACAAUGGGGGUGCCAAUACUGCCAUGUUACACAACUUGUAACAAUCCAGAAGUAUUCAAAACAGCUAUUCUUUCUGCACGUUUAUGUGCCUCUGCAUGCUACUGUGUGCUGUGUCUCUGUGCGCUAUUAUAUUCAGUGUGUGCCAGUGUGCUUUUCAUUCUAUACAUACUUUGCACUAUACUCAGUAUAGUGUGCGUACUGAAGUAUUUAAGUACUUUGUGCAUAUACCGCACAUUUGUUAAAACAAUGUAGACCAAAAUCGGAACAAGUACAAUAUGUUGCAUAAUAUGAACUGUGCUCAGGACUUUACAAAAUAAUCAAAUAAGAUAAUGUCAUAAUUUGAAACUAUUAACUCAUUUCAGUGUUAAGCAAUGGCUCAAUAUUAAUAAAGACUUGAAAAGAAA